GUUGCCUCUCCUGGCGCUCGUGGUGCUGCUCGAACCACAUUUUGGUAAUCGGGCACAUUUUGGAAGCAACAAUUGGAGAGAGAACCAUUUUUUACCCGGGCGAAAGUGGGGUUGCUCGUGCGCUAGUUGGGGUGGAAGAAAACGACUACGGCGACCUCAGACUUCAAAUUAGCUCACCAACUUUUGUUGACAACAGUGUUGUUCCACAAUCCCGUUCCACGUGUUUGACUGACUGCUGCUUAACAAGACUUCAGAUUUUGGGUGGUGCCUCUCGGCUGCUUCAUUAACAAAAGGGUGCAUUCAAAAUGUUGCCCAACAUGAAACGACCGCGAAUGGACGGGGCCUCCAUUCGAGGGCCUAUCCCCAAUGGACCCAUGCACAGCAGACCUUUGGUGGCGUUGCUCGAUGGCCGCGAUUGCUCAGUUGAGAUGCCGAUCUUAAAAGAUGUCGCCACCGUCGCGUUUUGUGAUGCUCAAUCUACGUCAGAGAUCCAUGAGAAGGUUUUAAACGAAGCGGUAGGUGCUUUGAUGUGGCACACAAUCAAUCUCACCAAAGAAGACCUUGAAAAGUUCAAAAACCUUCGCAUCGUUGUCCGAAUUGGGAGUGGCGUUGAUAACGUCGAUGUGAAAGCAGCCGGUGAAUUGGGUAUUGCCGUGUGCAACGUUCCAGGUUAUGGGGUGGAGGAGGUGGCCGACACCACCCUAUGUCUCAUCCUCAAUUUGUAUAGGCGAACAUAUUGGCUAGCCAACAUGGUGAAAGAAGGCAAAAAGAUCACAGGCCCCGAACAGCUCAAAGAGGCCGCUUUCGGAUGCGCCCGAAUCCGUGGAGACACCCUGGGCAUUGUCGGUUUAGGUCGCAUUGGUUCAGCUGUGGCCUUGAGAGCGAAAGCCUUUGGUUUCAACGUGAUCUUUUAUGACCCAUAUCUUCCGGAUGGCAUUGAAAAAUCUUUUGGGUUGGAACGCGUGUACACUCUCCAGGAUCUCUUGUUCAAAUCCGAUUGUGUGUCGCUCCACUGCACAUUAAACGAACACAACCACCAUCUGAUAAACGAGUACACCAUCAAACAGAUGCGACCAGGUGCAUUUCUGGUCAACACUGCUCGAGGUGGUCUAGUGGACGAGGCUGCGUUGGCCAUGGCUUUGAAGGACAAUCGGAUUCGAGCAGCCGCCUUGGAUGUGCACGAAAACGAGCCCUACAACAUUAUGACCUCGGCGUCGCCUCUGAAAGAGGCUCCUAACCUUAUUGUGACACCCCACGCGGCCUUUUACUCAGAGGCAGCCGCCAUUGAGCUGCGCGAAAUGGCUGCGUCCGAAAUCCGACGUGCAAUCGUAGGCAGAAUCCCGGACACAUUGAGGAACUGUGUCAACAAGGAAUAUUUCGCAUCCUCCGCCGCCUCCUACGGUGGACCCACACCGGCUCUCUCCGCGCCCAACACGCCCUCCACCUCAAUCUGAAGAAGCCACACAUUGAAAAGAGCAAAAAAUUAUUAAGAGCCUAACACAUGAAGCUGAUUGGGAGGAGCAGGAGAUGAAGGAGCAAAACCCAGAGUGGCACAGUCAGCCCAUCAAAUCACCAAAGCCAUUCCAGUUGACCGAGAUCGGCGGAGUAGUGAACCGCCCCCACCGCCCAUGGAGGCUUGAACGAUCCAUUGGAUCCUUAUCGUGCGUGCGCUCCGUCAACCCGACACCCUCUCUGUCUCUCUCGUCCCUAGUGAUACAAAAUGAAUGGAGAUCUCAACUGAAGACAUCAUUGACUUCAACCACUACUACUACUAUUACUACGACAACAACAACAAUACUUCUACUAUUGCUACUACUUGUUUUUCGUCUAUAUUGUGCAUGUGACGCCCUUCGCAAUUUCCCCUCUGUUGACGACAAAUCCAACCCACCCACCAUCAUCUCUUCAUGAACGUAUUCUGCUCUUGAAUCAAGUACAAAUCCCCCACCCUAAGUUAUAAGACCGCCGCAAUCCAAGAAAAGUGUUUAUUUUAUCAUGAUCUUGAAUUGACAAGAUGUCCCUUUCCGCGUUUAAAAAGCAACAACACCUCGGUUUCUGGUUGGGCCCUCUCUGCCUAAAACGAUGUGAACUUCGUAUUGUUGUUCUUCGAUGUAAAACGAUCGUUGACGAAGUUUAACUAACGAACUCUCGAUACCAAUCAAACUCGUGCUCGUCAUCAAUGUUAACAAUGAGCUAAACCUUUAGAAAGCUGUUCCUAUUUUUGUGCCAGAUGCGCAUCAAUACAUGCUUGAGUGGCAUCCUAUUUGAGAAUAAUAAUAAUAAACAAGUACCACGACCCCUACUAAAACAAGGACGCAUUGAAAAAUAAAAGUUUUAAACAUCCGAA